GCUAUGGGUUCCCACGAUAAGCGUAGUUCUCAUGGUACCAAGAGUAAAACUAAAUCCAAAAAGCAUCAUUCAAGUGAUAAAGAAAAAAGCCGUCGUGACCGUAGUCGUUCACCUCAUGACAAACAGGCGAAAGAUUCCAAAAAAUCAUCAAAGAAAAAGAAUCGAAGUCGAUCUCAAGACCGUGACAGCAGAAAUGAAAAAAACAAAGAAAAAGGCUUGGAUCUUGGCGAAAUAGUUGCUAUGACUGACAAGAGUGAGGUUGAAAGGAAACUUGAAAUCGAAAUGCAAAAGCGUCGAGAAAGAAUCGAGAAGUGGCGUCAACAACGUAAGAAAGGAGAGAAGAUGGAAAAUGAGGAGACCACAACAGAUACAGAGACAAAACAAGAAAAAAAAUGGACGCUGGACAAUGAAGAAGAAGAUGAAGACAGCACUCAACAAGAGGAAGAUAUGCAACAAAUGGAAAAAAAAGAAACAACAGAUGACGAUGAGAUCGAUCCUCUUGAUGCAUUUAUGUCUGAAGUCAAUAAAGAAGUCCGAUUUGCUAAAUAUGGGACAAAUCAGGGGAGUGAAGGAAAAGCUCGCAUAGUUGUCAUCAAAUCAAAUACAUAUUCAGAAUCAAAGAAGGGCGAAAUCGUUGAAGAUGACGAUGAAAUUGAGGUUUAUUACCGGCCCUUCCGUAAAAACUUUUACGUGGAAACUGCUGAACUGGCAAAGAUGACUAAACAAGAAGUGGAUGAUUAUCGAGAGGAUCUUGAUAUUCGUGUGAGGGGUAAAAAUUGCCCCAAACCUGUCCGAUCAUGGGCACAGUGUGGAGUUGAAUGGAAAAUUCUGAACACGUUGAAAAAGCUCAAAUAUACAAAGCCCACACCCAUUCAGUCGCAAGCAAUUCCAGCAAUAAUGUGUGGUCGAGAUGUGAUUGGUAUUGCUAAAACUGGUAGUGGUAAAACACUUGCAUUCUUGUUGCCUAUGUUUAGGCAUAUACUAGAUCAACCGGAGCUGGAGGAGAUGGAUGGCCCAAUUGGCACGCUUUUAGCUGUGAUAAUGUCUCCGACUAGAGAACUUGCGAUGCAAACGUGGAAAGAAGCAAAUAAGUUCGCCAAACAGUUUGAUAUUCGUGUUGCAUGUGUUUAUGGUGGAGUUGGAAUAUCUGAUCAAAUUGGAGAUUUAAAACGAGGAGCGGAGGUUAUUGUUUGUACUGUUGGACGUCUUACGGACAUGCUUGCUGCAAAUAAAGGAAAAGUUACAAACUUGCGACGUGUGACGUAUCUUGUAUUGGACGAAGCAGACAGGAUGUUCGAUAUGGGAUUUGAACCGCAGGUGAUGAAAAUUGUCAACAAUAUAAGGCCAGAUAGACAAACUAUUUUGUUCUCUGCAACCUUUCCACGGCAAAUGGAAGCACUUGCUAGAAAGAUUCUGGACAGACCAAUUGAAGUCAUGGUGGGAGGUAAGAGUGUCGUUUGUGAUGACGUUAAUCAAAACGUUGUCAUUUUGGAAGAGCAUCAGAAGAUGCUAAAGUUAUUAGAAUUACUUGGUGUUUACUGGGAAAGUGGCAAUGUGUUGGUAUUUGUUGACAAACAAGAAAAAGCAGACGACUUGGUUGCUCAACUAAUGCGUAGCGGCUACAACUGUGCUCCACUGCAUGGCGGCAUUGAUCAGUUUGAUCGUGAUUCAACUGUUAUCGACUAUAAAGCUAGCAAGAUUAAAUUACUGGUAGCAACAUCAGUCGCUGCCCGAGGACUAGAUGUCAAAAAACUGAUUCUUGUCGUCAAUUAUGAUUGUCCAAAUCAUUAUGAAGAUUAUGUGCAUCGAGUAGGUAGGACAGGAAGAGCAGGCAACAAAGGAUAUGCUUAUACUUUCAUCUUACCAAGCGGACAAGAGCGUAUGGCGGGUGAAGUUUGUCGCGCCUUUGAAACAGCUGGAAAGGAACCGCCAGAGCAGUUGAAAAAAAUGUGGGAAGAUUACAAGGCACAGAUGGCAGCUGAAGGGAAGACUGUUCAUAUUGGAGGUUGCGGAUUUUCUGGAAGUGGUUAUAAGUAUGAUCAGGCAGAAGAUGAGAAAGAAGCAACAAGGCGCAAAGUUACACGUUUAAUGCAUGGCAUGGAGAAUGCAGUUGAUGAUGAUGAUGAUGAUGAAAUUGAACAGCAGCUCAGCAGUAUGAUCAAGGGUAAAAGAAGAAUUGUGGAAGGACAUUCAAUUAUAGGCUUUGGCUCCAGUUCAGGAAUAGCUGGUGAUAAAUUGGAGAAAGCUCGAGCAAUGGCAGCAAAAAUUGCAGAGGCGAAGCAGUUAGGUGUCACCAUACCGGUAGAAAAAGAUGCGACUUCUUUAACUGCUGAAGCUGUAAUGCGUGGUAAUGAUGCAUUACCGAUUGCAUUAUCGGCGAAGUCUAUAGCAAAACAGAAAGCUGAACAGUUAAAUGAACGUCUGAAUUAUAUUCCAUCUGAAUUAAUACCAGGAGUAGAAACGGAAGCAGAAUUACAGUACUUCGAGGAAGAAAUUGAAAUUAAUGAUUUUCCACAACAGAUUCGUUAUAAAAUAUGUUCCAGAGAUAGUUUAGCUCAGGUGCAAGAGUAUGCGGAUGUUGGUAUUUCAGUGAAAGGAUCGUAUUAUCCAGGCAAUAAAGAACCUAAAGAUGGCGAGAGGAAACUUUUUCUGUUCUUAGAAGCUCGGUCUGAGCUUGCUUUACGCCGUGCACGUGAGGAGAUUUUAAGAAUAAUGAAAGAUACAGUACGACAAAUGGCACAAACAGGUGUACGAAAUACGUCUGCAGCAGGAAGAUAUAAGGUUUUUUGA